AGCAAGGAACACACCGGCUACUCCUUCCUCGAUUCCUACUUUCUUUCAAAAGAAUUUUUACCGUGCGAUUUUCGAUAUUUGGAGCAUUCGUUUUGCUCCGAAAGGUGGUUUUCACGACCAGCGGAAUAAUCGGAUGAAGGACCGCCCGGUGUUUCGUAUUUAUCCGAGAAGGACAGUGAUGUGAAGAGUGCGCAUGAUACCUCAUGCAUGGCUCGGACACUCCGAAUGUGUUUUCCAAAACCGUGUUUUCCAUAUUGAAAUAACCAGUGGAUAGGCUACGGUGCAACGAGCGUUGAACCGCGACUAGUGCACGAUAAAGUUUGUUCUUAUCUUCUGGGGGAAUGUGACACGACAUCAAAACUCCAGUGUCCAGUUUUUCUAGGUGUGAAAAAGAACUGUCUAACCAUGAUGAACGCUUUUCUGGACGGCGUGUCUUCGCAUCCCCAUCACCUGGCAAGUUUGGGCAUAAAACUGUCUCCAGGUUCCGGGAGCGGAGAGAACGUCGUUAACGGCGUUCAGCCACCGACGGGGGAUGCUCCUCAGCAGCACCAUUUCCAUCCCCAGAGUUACCCGCAUCAUCCACAUCCAGGACCCCACAUGGCACCGCACAUGGGACACCACAUGGGACACGCGGGUUACGCGGCCAGGGACUUUCUGCUCAGAAGAGAGCACGAAUUUAACGCAACAGCGAAUCCAACCACCCCCGAGAGCGGACUGGGACUCUUUCCACCUCUUCAUCACGAUUCUCCCGCGGCCGGUAUGCAACAGUUUCCGCAUCACGGGCAGCAUCCUCUGACCGCCACUCACUAUCCGGGUCAUUACCCUCAAGACGGGAGGCUCGGUAGUCAUCAUCAGUACCUCGCAACUCCCCAUCUUCCACCUUCGAUACACCAUCAGCAACAUCCCAGUGUCACGCACUCCACCCAUCCCCACGGUGCGUUUCUGAGGUAUAUGCGAGGCGGGGCGACUCAGAGACAAGAAAUGUCGUGUAUGUGGGUUGACCAGGAUGCUCCCGGACCUAGAAAACUUUGCGGCAAAUUGUUCAACUCGCUUCACGAUAUCGUCACGCAUUUGACCGUUGAACACGUGGGAGGACCGGAAUGUACGACACACGCAUGUUUCUGGCAAGGGUGUUCGAGGAACGGGAGGGCGUUCAAGGCGAAAUAUAAACUGGUCAAUCACAUCAGAGUUCAUACGGGGGAGAAACCAUUUCCAUGCCCCUUCCCUGGGUGCGGAAAGGUAUUCGCGAGAUCCGAGAAUUUGAAGAUCCACAAGAGAACGCACACCGGCGAGAAACCGUUCAAGUGCGAAUACUCCGGUUGCGAGAGGCGGUUCGCCAACAGCAGCGACAGGAAAAAACACAGCCACGUACACACCUCCGACAAACCUUACAACUGCCGAGUAUCGGGAUGCGACAAGUCCUACACGCAUCCGAGUUCCUUGAGGAAGCACAUGAAGGUUCACGGGAUGACCUUGGGCGACGGGAAAAUCGGCGGCGGUUACGAGAGCGAGGGCGAGGAGAGCAGUAGCAGCGGCGGAAGUUUGUCGGUAACGGGUCACACCGAAUCACCUCAGCCACCGACGGUUCAGGUUCCGAAUAACUCCGGUUCGGGGUCCUCCAGUAAUCCCGGUAUCCACGGGGCUUCUAGAGUAGGUCCGGAAUUGACGGAGUGGUACGUUUGUCAACCUCCGGGAGUAGCUCCUCAGCACAGUCCGCUUCCGGGACCUCCGCCCCCCCAUCAUUUGAGCCAUCACUUCAACCCCCUGAUGCAUCAUCAGGCGACAGCGUACUAACCUCGGUUCGGUUGAAUACCCCGAAGAAGACCCAGCCUUGAAUAUUAUCUAUUGUUUGUACAAAAUCGUGCCCGUUGCUGAAAUCCUUCCCACCGCCGAAUCUUCAUUAUUCGAUCGAAGCUUCGAAUGCAUUCAUUUCAUUUCAUCCCCAUUUCAUCCCCAUUUCAUCCCCAUCUUUUUCUAUCUUCUUUUCUUGUUUCUUUCUAUUGACGGUUCGUACCACGGAAUGAGUUCCGCGACGAGCGCGAUAUUCAGUGGGUAUACAGUGUAGAUAAAGUAUUUUAAUUAUUUAUGAAUUAGCCAAAGAUGACACGCCGAAUAAUAGGAAGAGAAGAAUACCGAUUAACGUCGGUACCCAAAUACUCGUCGAAUUACAAUGUAUCGAGAAGAGAAGGGGAGAGGUAAAUAGGAGAAAUAUAUAUCGAUGAUGAUGAUGAUCUUCUUCAAGGUCGAUUUCCUCGUGAAAUUAGUAUUAUUAUUAUUAUUAUUAUUAUUAUUAUUAUUAUUAUUAUUAUUAUUAUUAUUAUAACUGCUUCAGUCGCAUCACGAGUUUGACCCCGAAGACGAAUGUCGAAUUAAUUUCCUUCACUUUCUCUGUCGCUUUUCUCGCUCUCUGUUAGAGAAGAAAACCAUCGAUUGAUAAUAACGAUGAAACAAUUAGAAACACACACACUCGCACAGAUAUAGAAAAAUGAAUUCAUAGAUUAUAUGUGUAUGAUAUUGGCCGUAUAUAAGAACAAAUAAAUAAACGAAUAAGUAUGUGAAACUGAUGUACAAUUUCCGCCAUGUUUGUGCCUCAAUUUGCUAACCAAAUAUAAAGGGAAAAAGAAAUUAAUAGAUGAAUAUAAAGACGACGUUGUUGAUGAUAUUGUAACGGUGAUGUCGGCGACGAUUGUAACAACGACGACGAUGAUGUUGACGGAAUGAAGAAUGGGGGAAAAAUUAUAAACAACGUCUACAGUCGCUUGCAUUUUGAAAAUAAUAAAUUGGAAUGAAAAUAUUAAUAUUAAUCAUAAUUCCGGAAGUGAAGUAUCGAUAAAAAUAUCGCAUAAUCAUAUUUCGCAGAGAUCAUCGAGAAAUGACCGAUCUUCGCGUGAUAAUUCUACAUGCAUAAACAAAUAACCAAUUUACAUAUAGCACGCUACUUGUACACGUCAUACCAAUUACUUCGCCGUUUCCAUCGAUAAUUAAUAACGAUGCAGGUGACGAUCGCGAUGACGAUCCAUUUGGAUCGUAUUAUACAUAUAUUUGUAAAUACCGAAAGAAAUUUAAAAGAAUACAUUAUUAUAUACUCGACAAAUUGACGAGAGAGAUGAACGGUUCAACAAAAAUCCCGACAAAUAUUACGCACACGCUACUUGUAAAUAAAUCUAUACAUAUUUACAACAUCCAUGGAAUAUAGUAUAUUGCAUAUAAAUAUUAUAUAUAUAUAUAUAUAUAUACAUACACACACACAAUAAUCUAUAAGCUAUCGGCUAAGUGUUCAAUGUAAAAUAAUAAUAAUGAUUAUAUUAUGUAUGUAUAUGUACGACUGCUGUAUGUGUGAUAUCCUGUAAAUAGGAAACCCUAUUAUUGAUUAUUAUGAUUACGAUCAUUAUUGGUAAUAUUAUUAUUACCAUUAUUAUUAUCAUCAUCGAUAGUUAUCAUUGCAUUACUAUCAUUAUUAUUAUUAAUGAUAUUUUCUGUUGUGUAUAUGCGCUUUUAGUUAUGUGUAAUGUAAUAAGUAUGUAUAAAUUAUGUAAUUGAAGCUAGCGGUAAUGUACCAUAUUAUGAUUACGAUUAUUAUUGAUAUUAUUGUCACAAUUAUUAUUAUUAUUAUUAUUAUUAAUAUUAUUAUCAUUAUUACUAUUAUUAUUAUUACAAUAAUAUUUGUUUUGCAAAGAUCUGAUAAAUAU